CCUGCUGCGUGCGUCUGCAGGGCUGCUGUACUGUCUGCCUGGGACGGAGUGCUUCCUUCCACGCUUAGCAGACGACUAACCACAUUAAACCCAUAAAGAGGGGUUUUUAUCCGCCCAGGAGUUGGACAUUAUAUGUACUCGUGUUCGACAUAAAUAUCCAUCAAGUUCAGGCGCUCGGUGGACUUUAUUCUCUCGCUGGCUUCAAUACGCUUCAGUGAGCCACUGCAGCAGCAACAGACCCAAAGCACGCCGUCGCCGACGCUGUUGUUGUGAGGGAAGAAAACAAGCUCAGCGAGCAGCUUAGCUGUGUGAUCAUUGACAGAGUUCAAUACACACACGCUUCAAGUGCUAACUGGUGAGAGCUCUACACAGCCUACCUCCGAGCCUCUUCAAGAGCAGACCAGCUGGGAGUAUUUCUGUCGCUGAAGUCGAGGUAAGGAAAGACAUAGUAAGGUGUUACAUGAUAUAUAUUUUUUAUCUGAGCCACUCUCAGGGACUUGACCAAUAGGAACCGUUUGCACAAUUUCCACCAGCUUGUCUGCAGCCCCUCCCAACGCAGACAGUCUUCUGCCCCAGCAUGAAUGAAGUCAGUGUUGUGAGAGAGGGAUGGCUCCACAAGAGAGGUGAAUACAUUAAAACAUGGCGGCCUCGUUACUUCAUCUUAAAGAGCGAUGGAUCCUUCAUCGGCUACAAAGAGAAGCCCGAGGUGUCCAGUGACCACAGCCUCCCACCGCUCAACAACUUCUCUGUCGCAGAAUGCCAGCUGAUGAAGACAGAGCGCCCAAGGCCCAACACAUUUGUCAUUCGAUGCCUGCAAUGGACCUCUGUUAUCGAGCGCACCUUCCAUGUAGACAGCAACGAGGAGAGGGAGGAGUGGAUGCGAUCGAUCCAGGCGGUGGCAAACGGCCUGAAGAGUCAGCAGCACGACGAGGAGCCCAUGGAGAUUAAAUUUGGCUCACCAAGUGACAUCAGCGGCACGGAGGAGAUGGAGAUUGCUGUGUCCAAACUACGCACAAAAGUGAACAUGUGUGAUUUUGACUAUCUGAAGCUUCUGGGAAAAGGGACAUUUGGUAAAGUUAUCCUGGUGAAGGAGAAGGCCACGGGGAUGUACUACGCCAUGAAAAUCCUCCGCAAAGAAGUCAUCAUUGCUAAAGAUGAAGUGGCACACACUGUUACAGAAAGCAGAGUUCUCCAAAAUACGCGGCAUCCCUUUCUAACGACACUAAAAUAUGCAUUUCAAACUCAUGACCGGCUAUGCUUUGUGAUGGAGUAUGCAAAUGGUGGAGAACUCUUCUUUCACUUAUCACGAGACAGAGUGUUCUCAGAGGACAGAGCAAGAUUUUAUGGUGCAGAAAUAGUGUCAGCACUGGAGUACCUACACUCACGCAAUGUAGUUUACAGGGAUUUAAAGCUGGAGAACCUCAUGUUGGACAAGGACGGCCACAUAAAGAUUACAGACUUCGGUCUGUGUAAAGAGGGCAUCACGGACGGUGCCACCAUGAAAACCUUCUGUGGAACCCCCGAGUACCUGGCACCAGAGGUGCUGGAGGACAAUGACUACGGCCGGGCGGUGGACUGGUGGGGGCUGGGCGUGGUGAUGUACGAGAUGAUGUGUGGGCGGUUGCCCUUCUACAACCAGGACCACGAGCGUCUCUUUGAGCUCAUCCUCAUGGAGGAGAUCCGCUUCCCCAAGAACCUGGCUCCUGAGGCCAAGGCCCUGCUGGCCGGCCUGCUCAAAAAGGAUCCCAAACAAAGGCUCGGGGGCGGCCCAGAUGAUGCCAAAGAAGUGAUGAGCCACAAGUUCUUCUCCUCCAUCAACUGGCAGGAUGUUCUUGAGAAAAAGCUCAUUCCCCCGUUCAAACCCCAGGUGACAUCGGAGACGGACACGCGUUACUUUGAUGAUGAGUUCACAGCACAAACCAUAACAAUAACGCCGCCUGACAAGUUUGACAGUUUAGACGCAGAGGACACGGAUCAGCGCACGCACUUCCCUCAGUUCUCCUACUCCGCCAGCAUACGGGAAUGAUCACUCAGACUCUUGAAACAAGCAGGCAGGCUAACACACGAUCACAAUCCCACACACACACACACACUUGCACUGCUGGGGAACGACACACACAGAAACUUGCACAAGACACAUUUUCAUUGGGUGUUUAAUGCACGUACACACACACACACACACACAUACACAUAUCCUGGCUAUUCAGACAAGACGGGGAUCAUGGAGUAUGAGACGAACACACGGGCCGUGAAUGACUGACCUCAGAAGGUUUGUGUGGAGAGACUGGCAGCGUUGUCUCUGGGGGGGAGGGGGGGGGGGGCUUUAGGCCCUCCUGCAGGACGUCCGCUGCACUGGGGCACCACGUCAAAGCUGUGACACUUUGAAAACCAGGUUAUGCCAGCAAGUACCACCUCUCUACCAGCUGUACCCACGCUCACACACACACACACACACACACACACACACACACACACACACACACACACACACACACACACACACACACACACACACACACCAACCCAUGCAUAGACUGCAUCUAUAUAUACGCAGACGUACUUGAUAGCAUUUUAACAAAAGCAUAAUCAAAUUACGGAAAAAGAUUUGUGCUAAAAGGCAAAUUUUUAUUUCAUCGAUUGUUACGGUUUUAAAUGUAAGGCCAUAUUUCUUUUCUUUUUUUAACAAGUGCUCUUUCUGGAACUUGCUGUUACAAAUCAUGGGUGGGACCGUUCCUACAGUAGAGGGGAGAUGGGGAAGGGGAGGAGGGUUGCCAUUUCUGUGUUUGCACUGCACGUAUGUAUGAGCAGGUGAAUGUGCAUGUGAGUGCAGGAGGAUGUAUGAACAACCAUUUUUUUGGAUUCUCAACCAUCAAUUUUUGUCUGUUUUCGUGCAUGUUUUCAAACUAUUGCUGGAACAUCAACUAGAGAGGACACUACGCGACACACUCAAUGGCCUUUUCUAAAGGGAACAAGCAUGUGAUUUAGGAUUGCUGUAACCAUCUUGGAGCUUAGGAAAAGAAACUAGGAUCCAAUGCAUUGCUAACCGUUGCUUUAAAAGCUGCAUUAAUGUAACUCAAGCAGUCAUUUCCUUAGAGUACAGUGUCCAGACUGACUUCACGACAAACUAGCUGUAUGUUUUCAUUAAGGCCAGUCGCUUCAAUAUGUGUUUAAGAUAGUAAGAUUUAAAAAGAAAGAGACUUCACAGCAGUUCCCCGACGUGUAAAGAAAGACCAAUAUAGACGCACGCAGCCAUUCGCUGUCCUCAAUCCAGUAAUUCUCACUCCCUUGCUGAAGAGUUAGGAACCAAUCUUUUGUUCAUUAUCUAUUUGUAAUAUCAGUGUAAGUUUUAAAGAUAUUUGUUUGAAUGUUCUCGUAUUUAAAGAAUGAGAGUUAAAUCGUUAAGUCUUUAUAAUGAGGCCAAAAAUCGACUGACUUGGAGGGCGUUUAACACUUCAAAUGAUUCCACAUCUUAUGUUUAGAUCCUUUUUUCAUGUGUGUUUUUCUUGUUGUGUUAAAGGCACUUCAAUCGCUGGGGUUGUAUGUCUUGGAAAAAAAGUCUGCAGAUUUACAAUCCAACUAAACACUGCAUGACCAACCUUCAACCCGCAGAAGGGGAACUAAUCAAAACUCCAGCUGAUGUUUUGUUACGUUGAAAUGAAAAUAUGCAUACUUUUGAGUCAUUACAACACACGAUAACAUGUUCAUUUUAAACACAAGCAUUUUAUAUUCCAUUGUGCUGGAAGAGUUGUUGGUUGCUCGUAGAGCUUCACUAAAGGAACAUCAUGAUCUUUUUUUGUUUGUCAUUGUUUUGUAUAUUCUCCUUUUUUGUCCAUCUAUUUCUCAAAUUUCUGAAGACACAUUGUCUUGUUUAAGUAUACAUUAUAUAAAAGUUAUAUAUUAAACGUUUUUAAAUGGCUUUCUUUUUUUUUUUUAUUACGUUCUUCAUUUCAAUGGGUUUCCAAUGGGGGGAUGCUUAUUUUGCUAAGAUGGUAACAAUCAGUGAUUUGAAUGGGCUGGUAAUUUAUGGUUAGCAUUAUAAUGUCCAUUAGUUCUGAACAUACAUGUUGCAUACAUUUAUAAGAAAGUAUUAUCAAGGGAAAUUUAAAUUGGUCACAUAAUAGUUUUUUAAACUAAAGAUAAGAUUGUUAAAACAUGUCUAAUCCUGCAGAACACAUACAAAAAAUAUAUUUUUCCAGGCAAUGCUUAAACAAUGUAAUAAUGAAAUCAGUAGUUUGAUACCAUUCUCUGCAGAGCACUCAGUUUGAAGGGUUUGAAAAACCUCUAUCAGCAUUCUCUGUGAUACCUGUCAUGUCACUUAUGAAUUUGUUUUCAUUAAGUUUGUGUGCGUGACUGAGAUGUAUGAGUGAAAGUGGGGAUCAGGACACAGAAAAGCAGCAGGUAUUUGACUGAUCGUCGGGCAGCAGGUGGCCCCAGUUCCUGCAGAUGAUAUUGUGAUCGAAUGGCUUUGAUUUACAGUUCACAACUCCAGCACCUCUUCUCACUGGCUGAGGCACAGCCAUCAUACUCUAGCCUAGUGUCCUUCUUUGGAAACGGCAGGAUGGGAUUUCAGAACCACUGCACUGAUGGGACUCCACUGUGGAUUUGCCUUCAUUGCUAUCAUGGCCAUAAGGGGGUGCUGCUGAACUUUUUUAAUAUUGGUUGUGAAGCCAUACUCUGAACCUCGCUGCUGGCCACGCUUUAAGCAAUGCUUCACAGCUGAACAUGCAAGUUAAUACCCCUGACCUCUCCUGUAGGCAUACACGGGCACAACAAGUGCCUCCUCACUAUUGUGUAAAUACCAAAAAAAGAAGAAGCUUGAAGGCGAAUGCAGCAUUGGUAGAGUCGGAGGCCUGCAGCUUGUAGUAUUUGAUUUGCAGCUUUACUAUGUUUACCUUGCUUCUCUUCUUCUUGUAUAUUUGAAUGUGUGCAACUGUCACGAAUGUCACACCUGAUGCUGGUGUAACAAGUUUCUUUUCUUUUUUAGCUGGUUGCUGUUAGUUGAGGCUCAGAUGGCAAUGAAAAAAGCAAUCUAUAAGGGGAGGACAUUGUCCUGGUAGACAGAUUCAGCCCCCCUGUGCAAGACUUCACAAUGUAAUGGGUGAUACCUGCUACAAUAUGGUUAUAACAUUUGCAACUAUAAUGUGCCAGUAAACAUUUUUACUGAAUA